AUGGAUGCUGCCAGUGUUAGAGUUAACUCGACUACCUUAAGAGAAUUCGCAGGGAGAAUUGUCAGAGUGGUUGGCAAAGUUGAAUCCUUUGAUGGUGCCUCAGAAUUGGCCCGCUUGAAUGCGGGUGGCCCAGUCGAUGUGCUAGUUCCUCCAGGUAGCCAUCUAGAGGAGGGUAAAAUCUAUGAGAUUAUCGGAAAGGCUAGCGUUUCAGAUUUCAAAAUCAAUGCUUACUCCAUGUUGGAAGUCUCCGACAACACAAACCUUGAUGUUGCCAACAAGUUGGCCACUUAUGUCCAGAAAGUGCCUGAGCUCUUCUAUUCUACGUGA